AUGCCCCUCGCUCAACCUAUAAACAUACCCAACCGCUCACCGAGCAAUUCCUUCACUAAACCAAUCAGCUCGCCAACAGCAGGCAACAUCUUUGGUUCUGGCGGAAUCACCUACUCGCCACCCAGCGGCUACUUUGCAGGGCCAGGCUCCAUCGCCAGCAGCCGGCCCCAGAAGGUCCUUCAUCCAUUUGCGACGGGCGAGCUGCGUCUCCUCCUUUUGGAAAAUAUCAACCAGGGUGCGGUGCAGGCAUUCAAGGAUGAAGGAUUCCAAGUCGACUUUCACACUCGUGCGUUCUCGGAAGACGAGCUCUUGGACAAGAUCGGCAUGUAUCACGCCAUUGGAAUUCGCUCGAAAACGAAGAUCACUGAGAAGGUCAUCAAAGCCGCAACUAAGCUCCUCGUAAUCGGCUGCUUCUGCAUCGGCACCAAUCAGGUAGAUCUCCCCGCAGCAGCGGCGGCGGGCGUUCCCGUUUUCAACUCUCCCUUCUCCAACUCCCGUUCGGUCGCCGAGCUGGUCAUGGCUGAAAUCAUCGGCCUGUCUCGUCAACUGCAUGACCGCACGCGUGAAAUGCGCGACGGCAUUUGGAACAAAGUAUCGAAGGGCUGCUUUGAAGUCCGCGGGAAGACUCUCGGCAUCAUCGGUUACGGUCAUAUUGGCACCCAAUUGAGCGUUCUCGCCGAGGCGUUUGGGAUCCGCGUACUUUACUACGACGUCCUCCCCCUCAUGCCGCUCGGUAGUGCCUCCCAGAUGGAAACAUUGGAUGAUCUCCUCUCUGUGUCCGAUUUUGUGUCCCUGCAUGUUCCCGAGCUGCCAGAAACGAAGAUGAUGAUUUCUGCUCCGCAACUUGCGAAGUGCAAGAAAGGUGCCUACCUGAUCAACAAUUCUCGUGGCUCGGUCGUCGACAUUCCGGCACUCAUCGAUUCAAUCCAUUCCAAACAUCUUGCUGGCGCAGCCCUCGAUGUCUACCCGCACGAGCCGGGCUCUAACGGCCAGCCGUUCGAUAAUCAGCUGAAUUCUUUUGCGGUGGCUCUGCGGGCCCUGCCCAACAUAAUUCUCACACCUCAUAUCGGCGGCUCUACCGAGGAAGCUCAGCGAAUGAUUGGUGUUGAGGUGUCGACUGCGCUCAUUCGGUAUCUCCGGUUUGGUUCGACUACGGGUGCAGUGAACUUCCCCGAAGUCGACUUGCGCGCCAUCACUGCUGACCAGACCAACUUCAUCCGAGUUUGCCACGUCCACGUCAAUCAGCCUGGCGUCCUUAGACAAGUUAACGAGAUUCUUUCAGACUUCAACGUCGAAAAACAGUAUUCAGAUUCGAAGGACUCGAUCGCUUAUCUUAUGGCGGAUAUUAGCGGUGUUACCGCAAGCGACGUGCAGGCUAUUUACGAGCGGAUCAGCAAAACGCGCGCUAACAUUCUCACUCGUCUCUUGACAUAA